CGCACUUAAGCGAGAGCCUAUAAUAGGAAGAGCGACUGCCGCACUCACGCGGAGGAGGAAUCGGCCAAGCAUGACAGACCGAACGCACGAGUUCAGGACGCUAUGCCAGAACCAGAUCCCUGUGGUGGCCCAGCCCGUGAAGGUCAGGAAGCAGAAGCCAGCCCUGUCCGCACUGCAGCAGCAAGUCCAAUUCAAUGCAAGUGCGUCCGACGUAUCUAAAGAAGUAAACAAGGUGUCCCAGCGACUACAGCAGCUGACGCUACUGGUGCGGCAGACCAACAUGUUCAACGACCCCACGAGCCAAAUCAACGAGCUCACGCAGCUGGUGAAGCAAGACAUCACGCUUAUCCACACCAAGCUCGACGACCUCGAAAUGUUCCAGCGAAGCCACCACGCCGACUAUUCGUCGCAGCAUGCGGCCAAACACUCGGACGCGAUCGUGACCCAAAUGAAGAGCACCCUCAUGUCCACCACGAAAGGGUUCAAGGACAUUUUACAAGUUCGUCAAGACAACUUGCAGCAUCAACACGAUCGAAAGUCGCAAUAUGGCCGAGCCACUCCAAGCGUGCCGUUGGCGUUCAGCGCGCCGUUGCCGCGUCCAGUGGGCGUCGAAGGCGAAGGGGGAGGCAGCGAGCAUGUGCCGCUUAUCUCGGCUCAAAGCCAACAGCAAUUCGUCGUGCCCGAGCAGGGCUAUGCCGAUUCGCGGGCAGAAGCUGUGUCGAACAUCCAGUCGCAUAUCGUCGAGUUGGGCGAGUUGUUCCAGCGCCUGUCGGUCAUGAUCAGCGCGCAAGGGGACAGCGUCCGAAUGUACGACCGAUGCAUGCAUGCUCCGAUGACGUGGCACGCCCACAGACUUUGCAUUUACUUGUUGACAUGUCGUGACCUGUGACGUGGUGUAGAAUCGACGAAAACGUAGACGAUGCCGUGGUGAAUGUACACCAAGGCACGCGGCAGCUCGAGAUGUUCCGCGAUAGCCUGAGCAACAGCGCCCUCAUGAUGAAAGUCGGCGGCAUCCUCCUCGUGUUUGUCGUGCUGUUCCUUUUCUUCAUGGCCUAAUAAAAUAUAUACAAGCAACUCGUACUACUUUCCACGAGCG